CAGAAAGAGCGUCCUGCCGACCACCGAGGCGACAUGUCGGGACUGAGCCAGCAGGACCACCCCGAAGUCGUCGUCGCCACCUCUGGACGGUCCUCGUGCCAGACCUGCGGCGAGUCGAUCGGGAAGGGCGAGAAUCGCGUCGGCAUGGUUGGGCGCUCGAGCGGCGUGUCUUGCAUGAAGUGGAUGCACCCGCAGUGUUUCGCGCUCAACAUGCGCAUCGAGUACGCGCCUACGGGCCGCGCGCGGUGCAACGCGGACCGCGAUGGCGCUCUGAUCGGCAAAGGCGAGCCGCGCCUGCUGAUGCGGAUGAUGAAGACCUCGUGCGGCGGACAAGUCGUCGCAAAGGCGCAGCAGAUCUACAAGCCGGCGAAUGCUGCGGCGCUGCUCACGCGGUACCUGUCCGUCGAGGGCGUCUCGGUGACGGCCGCCACGAUCGGCGGGCUGGACGAGCUCGAGGCGGAGCACCGGCAGUGGGCGGUCGACGCCCUCGAAGGGCGAGACAUCUCCUCUCGCGAGGUGCCCGUCGGGACGCCGGCGACGAAGCCACGCGCCGCGGCGGCGCGGUCCGGAGGCGAGGCGGAGGCGGGCGGCAGCGAGGCGGCGGCGCUGCCAAAGCCCGCGGCCAAGUCUGCGGCCAAGCCGGAGGGCAAGCCGGCGGGAAAACGGGCCAAGAAAGCGGCUGGCGCGCCGAAGGGGGUGGCCUCGGCGUACACGCUCUGGUGCAAGGAGGAGCGGCAGGCGGCCGAGUACGCGCCGCUCUCCUUUGGCGAGGCGGGCAAGGCGCUCGGCGCAAAGUGGAGGUCCCUCUCCGACGAGGCAAAGGCGCCGUGGGUGGAGGCCUCGAAGCGGGACCGCGCCCGCCACGCGCGCGAGAUGGAGGCCUUCGCGCCCGCGCCCGGCAGCCCGUCCGCAGAGGCCGCCCAGCCGCCAACCAAGAAGGAGGAGGACGACGACGACGACGACGACGACGAGGACGCGCCGCUCAGCAAGCGGCGCCGGCAGGGCAAGGCGUCUCAGACCGCCGCCGCCCCGCCGCCGCUGCCGCAAAAGGAGGAGGAGGAGGAGGACGACGAGGACGACGACGACGAGGAGGUGGAGGUGAUCGAGUGAGCGCUGGGAGGGAGGCCCUCCCGCCCUUUCCGGUGCGGAAAGCGCAGUACUCUGCUUCUUACGUUUGAAUGCAUGUGGCCGCGCUGUCUCGCUGUGGCGAGUGUCUGGUGUGAGCUGGCAGUGCGUACACCCGCGCGCCGGCUGGUCACAUCGGGCGCCGGGCCGCGGCGCGGCGGCGGCUUGGUUCGCUUGGAGACAAGGAAGGUGUUGGCGCGCGUGUGGCGAGCGUCCCGUCCCACAACGGGCCCCGCAUAGCGCAUUACGUACAUGACAGAAACAAUUCCAUGACAGAAA